CAGUCACCGGCACGGAGACGGCCUGGGGGGCGGGACCGGCGCCUGCGCAGCCAAUCGCUGGCGAGGGAGGGGGUGGAGCCGGGCGCCGCGGACGGACGGGGGACAGACCCGCGAGGAGCGGGCGGGCGGUCGCGAUGGCGACGGCGACGGCGAUGGCGGCAACCGCAGCGGAACGGGCCGUGCUGGAGGAGGAGUUCCGCUGGCUGCUGCACGACGAGGUGCACGCCGUGCUGCGGCAGCUGCAGGACAUCCUCAAGGAGGCCUCUCUCCGUUUCACCCUGCCCGGCUCAGGCGCUCAGGGGCCAGCCAAGCAGGAAAACUUCAUCCUGGGCAGCUCUGGCACAGACCAGGUGAAGGGUGUGCUGACUCUGCAGGGGGAUGCCCUCAGCCAGGCGGACGUGAACCUCAAGAUGACGCGGAACAGCCAGCUACUGCACUUCGCCUUCCGGGAGGACAAGCAGUGGAAGCUGCAGCAGAUCCAGGACGCCAGGAACCACGUGAGCCAAGCCAUUUACCUCCUGGCCAACCGGGAGGAGAGCUACCAGUUCCAGACGGGGGCUGAGGUUCUCCAGCUCAUGGAUGCCGUGAUGCUGCAGCUGACCAGAGCCCGCAACCGGCUCACCACGCCGGCCACCCUCACCCUGUCCGAGAUUGCUGCCAGCGGCCUCACGCGGAUGUUCGCCCCCGCCCUGCCCUCCGACCUGCUGGUGAACGUCUACAUCAACCUCAACAAGCUCUGCCUCACCGUGUACCAGCUGCACGCCCUGCAGCCCAAUUCCACCAAGAACUUCCGCCCAUCUGGAGGCGCUGUGCUCCACAGCCCUGGGGCCAUGUUUGAGUGGGGCGCGCAGCGCCUGGAGGUCAGCCACGUGCACAAGGUGGAGUGCGUGAUCCCCUGGCUCAACGACGCCCUCGUCUACUUCACCGUCUCCCUGCAGCUCUGCCAGCAGCUCAAGGAUAAGAUCUCCGUGUUCUCCAGUUACUGGAGUUACAGACCCUUCUAAGCCGAGGACCCCAGGAGCCUGUCCCCACCCCCACCCUUUGGGGUGCCAGCCAGAGGUGGGCCCUGCAGGCCGCAUAUCUCUGCUUCACCCAUACUGUCGAAAACACACAGAUAGGAGUGGACACACAGCGCCGGGAGGAAGGGCCCCGAUCUGGUGGUAUGCUGGAGGGACAGUCAGGAAGGCCGGUCACGGGGCGGCCCACAUUCCAAGCCCGGCUGGCCUGGACACCUCAGGAACCUUUGGACUCAGGAUGGGGCCAGGCCCUGGACGCUCCUUCCUCUUCUUUCCCUCUCGGCUGCGUCCGGUGGCCGGGUGAGGGGCGGGGAGGAGGGGGCCCAACGGGGCGGUGGACGCUCUCCCCGUGAGUGAGCUGCAUACCCUUGGCUAUGUUUGUGCUGCCAUGAGACCUCUAGGAAAUACAGUUCAUCAGACAUCA